AUGCAGAAAAUCACCGGCAUGUUCCACCACCACCACGACAAGGACAAGUCCGGCUCAAGUCACCACGCCACGGCCAGCAUCAACGGAACCAACAUCGCCGACGCCAACUCCUACGAGUUCGUGGAGGGCACCAUCUACUUCCCCCUCUCCUCGCUCAAAGACGCCGAAUCGCUGCUUGUCCCUUCCAACAAGCAGUACACGUGUCCCUGGAAAGGCGAGAGCCAGUACUACGACCUCCAAGUCGGUGGGCAAACGUACAAGGACGCGGCGUGGGCGUACCCAACGCCGUUGGCCAAGGCGGCACACAUCAAGGAUCAUAUCGCCUUUGACCGAAGCAUUGUGAAGACGGAGAAGCACUGA